CCUUGUCCCUCACUAUGCCCUAGCCCUACUACAACUCAUGAAAUUGCCUUCAUUGGUUAAUUGGUUAGAAGAGACGCUUAUCAACUAUAUAUACACUAUUCCUUGGGUUCUUAAGAAACACAAGUCUUUUGCACUCUAAACUAUUAUCAUUCAAAUAUUUCUUUCCCAUUCAAUUCUAUAACUAUAAAAAAGCAAUGGGUUUCCGCAUAACAAGUAUUAUCAGAAGGGCUUCAUUUUCCAGAACUCAAGGAUCUACCAAGGGAUUAGAAGUUCCUAAAGGCUAUCUUGCUGUCUAUGUUGGACACAAAAUGAGGCGGUUUGUGAUUCCGGUAUCAUACUUGAACCAAUCAUUGUUUCAAGAAUUAUUAAAUGAAGCAGAAGAAGAAUUUGGAUUUGAUCAUCCAAUGGGCGGGCUUACAAUUCCAUAUAUUUCUUUCUCGACCAAUCCUAUAACCAAAAAAAAAAAAACAAUGGGUUUCCGCAUAACAAGUAUUAUCAGAAGGGCUUCAUUUUCCGCAACCCAAGGAUCUACCAAAGGACUUGAAGUUCCUAAAGGCUAUGUUGCUGUCUACGUUGGAGAUAAAAUGAGACGGUUUGUGAUUCCGGUAUCAUAUUUGAACCAACCAUUGUUUCAAGAGUUAUUAAAUCAAGCAGAAGAAGAAUUCGGAUAUGAUCAUCCAAUGGGUGGUCUAACAAUUCCAUGCAGUGAAGAUGAAUUCCUAACCCUCACUUCACGCUUGAAUUGAGCUGUAAAUGAUGCUAAUGGAGAUUUAGAUAGAUUAGUUUGAGAUAGAUUAGUUGAGAUUAAUUUGGACAGAAAGCACUUUUUUCAAUUAUGAAGAUUUUUUAUUUUCUUUGUGCCAAAUAUCAUUCCUUAGGAAAUCAAAAUGUUUCUUGAAUGAGAAUGUUAAUGAUACAAGAAUUUUUCAGACACUUAUAUAUGUUUGUUUGCAUUUAAACAUAAGUCAUUUUCAUUGUCUUAAAAUAUAAAAAGUAAACAUAAUAACGAGACGUAUUAGCUCUG